AACAAGUCAAAAAGCUGUUUUCAGAUUAAACGUUAUUAAAGUUUAUUAGUUUUAUACAACUUUCUAGAGAAACAAUAUGAUAUAUACCGUACAUUGUUCGUAUCAAUUAACGAAUACGAAUUCCGAUCUAACUUUAUAUAGGAAAUUAAAGGGAAAUUCAUACUAGUAUAUUGUUUAGUUUUACAACGUUACUGUUUUAUCAAGGAAUUUAUAUUAGAUGACUUCUAAGUUUUCCCGACACAUUCAACCUUACUGCACUUGUUGUACUUCCUCGAAGGCAAACACGAAUGUAUAGAUAAAAUGUUUUUUUUUUUUUUUUUUUUGCCUACACUUUACUUAAAAGUGAUAAAGAGAAUAUAACAUAAAAUAAGUAAAUAUAUCAAACAAACGGAAAAACAUGAGGGAUUGUCUAAAAUUCAGUCAAAGCGUCUCUAUACGUGUAUAUAUAUAUCCAUUACUAGAACAAGAAAUAUGAGACGAAAAACAUGAGCAGAUAAAUGAAGUAUUAGAUGUAAGUUUGGUGCCAGUCUACGCAGUCUACGUCUUAUUAGAAAACUAAUAUGGGAGCGCACAUGGUAUGCAAAUGCAUACACAAUCACCAAUGUUCAUACAUAUACGGAGUAAAGUUAGAUUGUGGAUUAAAAGAACAAUUUCCGUUCAGUGGAUGCUCUUAAAAGGAAAAAUGUGCAAUACUAAAUUAAAUUUUCACAAUGAUAAAUUGACACUGUAUAAUGGAUUAACAGUUUGGCUUUAAGGCUACCAAUGUUGCUAACACUCUAUAUUGUGAGAAAAUCGAGGAUAUUAAAUUAGUGAAUACAAUUCGGAUAAGAUCAGACGUUUGAAAGGUUACACACUUUAUGAGAAAAUAUUAGAAAAUGGCAGACAAACAAAUAAAUCCAAGUAUUCAAAGAUGUACAACAAUGGAUUCUCUAUCUAUAGAAGGACCAGAAUUACCUAAACCAAAUUCCGAAAGUCCAACAGAACAACCGAGAAGAAUUAGCAAGUCUGUUUCCGUGGAUUCUGGAGAAACUGAAGUUUUUACAAAAUCGGUGAUUUCAGCUUCAGGAUCAUUCAGACGCCGGUCUAUUAGGAGACGAUGUAACAAGCGUUUAAACAGACCCGAACCAGAAUUUGGACAUGAUGCCGAAACGUACAAGAAAAUUGAAGAACGGGUUCUGCAGGAACGUGCCGUAACGAACGCAAUUGACACUUUACAGGAGCGCUGGAGAAUGAUAAUGUUUAUGUUUAAUGAUUGUGUUAAAUUGAAUGAGAGAAAAGGAGAACGAAAAUUGAAAAAGCUUAGUGUACAAAGACAGUUUGAACUAGUUUUAUUGGUAUGUGUAUUCGUGCUGAUAUGCUUACCGAUAUCCGCGGUCUUUGUUUUAAUAAACAGAUAGUAAAGGCAUUAUUAUAAGAGAAUGAGAAUUUGAGCUAAAAAUGACUCAAUGUGCACAUGCAUAUUUCAACAUAUAAAUAAACGCUUUAAACAGUAUAUCUUUAAUAGCGCGUAAUGUUUAAUGUCGUAUAACAAUGCAGGACACUUACUUGCAAAAUACAUUUACAAUUAAUCAGAUAUUUUGAAAUAUUCAUGACAGAAUUGCCGGACCUUCCAUGGCCCAUUUAUCUUUUUAUUGGUAUUAGUUUUCUGUGUUUUUUUUAUUAAUUUAAACAAAACUUCCUUUACACUGGGGUACCCGUAGAAUGUUUUGUGAAAAUUUGAACAUAUAGAACAAUGCAUUUAUAGACUGCUUAUAUUUGAAGAAACAAUUGAUUUUCUAACCUUUCAAAAUGGCCGGUAAGAACCAAACUUCAAAGGCUACUCUAUAAAUAGUAAAUUGAUUAUUCUUUACAUGUUAUAUUUCACAAGAAAGCCUUUAACGUUUUCUCAACUUUUUCAUGUAUUCUUGCAGUAUUUUAUUAAGAUACAUUGUCCAGCAAUGACCACUAAUUUGACAUGCGGAGAUUAAAUUUCUGCAAGCUA